UCUAACAACCCUCCCCUCAUCUCUCUCUCUCUUGUCUCCUUAUAUUUGGAAACUCAUCCUCAUAUCUCUCAGAUUCCCACUCUCCAAUCCCCCAUGGCUGACCAAUCAACCCCGCCCUCCGAUCCCCCGCCGCCACCGCCGCAGGAGCUCCCCAAAGACGUCGCUGAAGAGAAAACCGUAAUUCCGCCACCGCCCCCAUCGGCACCGGUACCUGCGCCCACACCUGCUGAACACAAAACCGAUGACUCCAAAGCUCUUGUUCUUGUUGAAAAGGUUCCAGAAGCGGGUGAGGCAAAAAGCAGCGAGGGGUCUGUAAACAGAGAUGCUGUGCUAGCCAAAGUUGCAACAGAGAAGAGGGUGUCGCUCAUAAAAGCUUGGGAAGAAAGUGAAAAGUCAAAGGCAGAGAAUAAAGCUCACAAAAAGCUUUCUUCGGUUGUGGCUUGGGAGAAUAGCAGAAAGGCUUCUGUAGAGGCUGAGUUGAAGAAGAUUGAGGAAAAUUUGGAGAAGAAGAAGGCAGAGUACAUAGAGAAAAUGAAGAACAAAAUUGCUCUGCUUCACAAAGAAGCAGAGGAGAAGAGGGCGAUAAUCGAAGCCAAGCGCGGAGAAGAGCUUCUCAAGGCAGAGGAGACGGCUGCAAAGUACCGUGCUACCGGUACUGCCCCGAAGAAGCUUCUCAGCUGCUUCUCGAGCUGAGCGGCUCAUCAGUUCAUGUUCGUGUUUGUGUUCAUGUCAUUUGGGUGUUACUUUAGAUGUGUUGCUGUUUAUGGCUUGAUUUGUUGGUGUGCUUAGUGAAGAUUUGAAAAGUGCUUGUGAAUAUGAUAUUUGGAGGAACAUUUGUUUGAAUGUAAAUCAAUAUUGUUAUAGUCAUUCUAAUUUAUUG